AUGACCCUGCUUUCCGAGCAAGUGGGAGAAGCCCAUGCCGACAUCCCCUUUGCUCCUCUGGAAUCGAAUACUUACCGACCAACCCAUCCACCAACAUACCUCCUACCCAUCUCCCACCUGCUCCGCAUACCUCGACGACGCCGACGCCUGCCCCGUGCCGUCUUCACUGCCCGCCCGAACCCGAGCAGAGAGGCCGGGACGCAGCGUCUAGACCUCGGCCGCUUUCCUCGUGCAGGGGACGCUGGACCGAAGGCUCACCCGAGCCGGCCCUCUCAACCAACUCCUGGAGCGACGACGAAAAAAACAGCGGGCGAGAGUAAACGACAUCAAGGAACAAAGCAGCGCUUGCAGCGACACCGACCUGCUGCUGCGCCUUUCGGCUCCACAUCCCUCCGCUCCGCGCCGCCUUGGCUCUUGGCUCCCAACCCCAAGGUCGGGGUAAUAACCGUCAUCGUGCGCUCGUCGUCCCUCGACCGACCGACCUCUUUCCUCGUCAGCCCGAGACGGCCCUUUCCCCUCUCUCCUGUCGACUCGCCGCCGCUCGUCCGCCUCCCUCGUCCGCCCGUUCAAAGUCUUGGGACCUCGCAUCGCCGUUGCUGCCGCACCAGCCUCGUCGGCCGCCGCCGUCGUCGUCCGCCGUCGUCGUCCGUCGUCGUCGUCGUCGUCGUCGUCGUCGACCUCGACCCUCCUCCUGCAAGGCCGUCCCGCUAUCGUGAGGGGGUGGGCCGCAUCCAGCGACGACCGAUCUCAUCGCCCGACGUCUCCAUCGACAGGCCGAUACUACCUGUCUACGCCGACCGAUCCUGUGCCGAGUGCUGCGGCGACGACGGUGCUCCCGCAGGACAAGGGGUGCUCGUCGGGAGCUCUGAACCUGAACCAUGGGGCGCCAUCGAGGUUCUCCUCUCCUUCAUGUCCCAGUUUUCCGCUGGCCACAAGACCCCAUCCCCGUCCCCUACAUCAUCGCCGCCCAACGAGUCGACCGGCGCGCACCUCAAGCCCGCUUCCCGCUCGACCGUGACGACAGAUCCCUUCCUCGACACAUACGUCCGCCGACCCGUCACGCCUCCCGAGCUCUCGGACUAUGGCACGCCGCUGAACGGCUCGCCCCGGAACAUCUCUCCCCACCAGCAGCGCCAGCGCAGCGCUUCGAGGCCCUCCUCCAGGCCCUUGUCCAUCUUCAACGCCUACCAGCCGCCCGUCAUGGACAUCAACGAGGACACCAUCCCCGAGCUGCUGCCCGUCUACUCCCUCCUCAACAGCCACUCCAACAAGCUCUACCAGGAGGGCUACUUCCUCAAGCUCGACGACCAGAAUACGCAGGGCAAGCCCAAUGCCGACCGCACCUGGACCGAGUGCUUUGCCCAGCUCGUCGGCACCGUCCUGUCGCUCUGGGAUGCCGCCGAGCUCGACGCCGCCGGCGAGGACGGCGAGGUGCUGCCCAAGUUCAUCAACCUGACCGACGCUUCCAUCAAGAUGAUCGAGUCCCUACCCACGCGCUCCGGCGAUGAGCAGCCGUUGCAGAACAUCCUCAGCAUCUCCACCGCCGGAAGAAACCGGUACCUGCUGCACUUCAACUCCCACCACUCGCUCAUCCAGUGGACCGCCGGCAUCCGCCUCGCCAUGUACGAGCACUCGACCCUGCAGGAGGCCUACACCGGCGCCCUCAUCGCCGGCAAGGGCAAGAUGCUCAACAACAUCAACGUCGUCAUGGAGCGCUCCCGCUUCAAGACGGAGGAAUGGGUCCGCGUCCGGUUCGGCGCCGGCGUGCCCUGGAGGCGCUGCUGGUGCGUCAUCAGCCCGCCCGACGAGAAGGAGUACGCCAAGCUCCAGAAGGAGGUCAAGAAGCGAUCGGCCUACGACCGCUCCGCCAUGCCCAUCCUCAAGGGCGACAUCAAGUUUUACGACACGCGCAAGGACGGCAAGAAGCAGAAAAAGGCGCAGCCCAUCGCCACCAUCACCGACGCCUACUCGGCCUACGCCAUAUACCCGCAGGCCAAGUCCCUCGUCGACGCCUCGACCCUCCUCAAGAUCGAGGGUCACGUCACCGUCCACUCGAGCCCGCCCUCGGCCACCGAGGGCUUCAUCUUCAUCAUGCCCGAAGUCCGGCCCAUGGUCACCGGCUUCGAGAUGCUCCUCCGCUUCCUCUUCCCCACCUGGGACACGUUUGGCCUCUACGGCCGGCCGGGUAGGCUCGUCGCCAGCGUGCUCGACCCCCGCUCGCUCAUGUUCGCCAUGCCCAAGCACAAAAAGUACGGCUACCUCGAGCUGCUCGACGUCUCGACCCUCAUCAUGGACGACUCGAGCUCCUCCUGGGCCGAGAGGGAAUGGCGCAAGAAGCUCAAGGAGGCCACCGGCACGAGGAUGAACGCCGUCGAGGACGGCACCGGGCCCGACGCCGCCGCCGCCGCCGACGCCGUCUCGGGCAGCAGCCCCGGCGGCAAGCCAAAGGUCGGCUUUGCCGAGGAUCACGCGCGCAUCCGCACCUCGCGCUCCUUCUCCCUCAACGAAGCCGGGAGGAUGGGGACCGCCCCCCCGGACCAGCGCGGGGGCAUGCAGCUCUCGGUGGCCGCCCACGCCCAGCACGGCCGCAACCUGUCGGAAUCCAACGUCGGCGGCCCCCAGCCGCCGCGCAACGACUACGGCCCCCCCAUGGUUCCCUACCAGACGUCGCCGCAGAGGAUGCCGGUGCCGGUCAGGGGAGGGCCCCCGGCCGAGACGGGCAGCUCGGACGACGAGCCGGGCAGGUCGCCCAUGCCGCCGGAGAUGGGCGACCUCGAGGGCAUGCCCACGCCGGAGCCCGUGUCGCGCCCGCCCGCCUUCAGCCACGGAUCCCAGGCCCACCCCGCAGGCAAGGCGUACCACUCUCCGGAGCUCCGUCGCGCCAACAGCCGGCUUUCCAGCACGACGCUGGCCCAGCUGGCCAAGGCGGGCGGGAUAGCCAACCCCGGCGACCUGUCGCCGAGAAGGGAUGGUGACGCUUUGAACGCCCACGGCCACGACCGGCCCGGCAGGCUACCGGUCCCGCUCGGCGUCCCGAACCAGAGAGCCCGAUCGCCCAUGGACUACGGCUCGAAGCCACCGUACGCGCACGACGCGAACGAACCGCCGCGCCCGCACACGUCCGACGGCCGUCGCGCCCCGCAUCCUCCAGGACAGAAACCCAACUUUCACCCGGAUCAGCUCCCCCCCGGCGCCGCCGGACGGGGCGCCCCGAUGCCGCCCCAGGGUCAGGGCCGAGGGCGUCCGCCGAACCAGCGACCGCCGCCCGGCCACCCGCCGCUGCAUCAUGAUCCGUACCGAGGCCAGCCACCAGCUGGGCCAGGCCCGCGACCGUUUCCUGGACCUCAGGGCAGGGGACGCCCUCCGCCGAACCCGGCCCACCCGCAACGGAAGCCGGUCCCCGGCGGCCAUCAGAGCAUGACGUCCGACGACGUCAUCGACCAUUACUCGUCCGAUCCGCACCGCGGCCCUCCUCCGGCGCAGGGACGACAGCCGCCACCUGGCCAUUAUCCCCAGGACGACCGGCACCCGACCGACGGCCGCCCGUCCGUCGAACGACCGCGUGCCGGGGCCCUGAAGACGGUGGGUGGCGGGGAGCAUCCGACGCAGAACGCCGAUUACGACUUUCCCGAGGUCAACUUUGGCCCGACCAUCAACUACGGAGCGGCGCCGGUGCCUCGCAGGAAGGUUCCCCCGUCGGCGAAUGCGCCCGGCCCAGAUCAGCCACAAAGGCAGCCGAGCCCGGGAAGACAGGGCGCCGACGACGGCGGGAAGCGGACCAUGGCCUGGCAACCGGCCGGCUCCCACGCCGGAUCGGGAGCCCACGGCCUCACGGCGGAGCAGUACGUGCAGCAGCGGGCCGCGGCGUCUGGGCAGCAGGCGAUGCACGGCGUCCCCGGAGGCGCCGGGCCGAGGGCACACAACCUUCAGGCGCCCUACCAGGGGGGACAGUCACCGCAGCGACGAGGGAACGGUUACUAG